AUGCCUCUAGGAUUUCGUAGUAGAACGUUGCUGUACGAGAUGGAUACUAGGAAUUAUCGAGGAAUCUCUUUGCUGUGUGUUAUGUACAAGGUACUGGAGCGCAUCAUCCUGGACCGACUCAUUAAACAUCGCGAAGAAACAAUGCGCGAAGAGCAAGCUGGCUUUCGCCCUGACCGAUCUACGAUUGACCAGGUGUUCAUGGUCAGGAGAGUGAUCGAAAUCUGGCAGCUGUAUUCGAAACCAAUGCAAUUACGUUUUUGGACUUUGAAGCCGCGUUCGACUCUUUUCAUCGAGGCCCUCUUCUCAAGAAGGUUCGUUCGCUUGCUUGAUGACAUGAGUCAGCGAACAACUGCUGCAGCUCGAACACCAGCCGGAUGUACAACACCGUUUGAAGUGACAUUAUGUGAAGAACAGCAGUGUCCUGCCGACACCGUCAUAGCACCGACAGGACCCCCCUUGACCGAUCUCGAGUACGCUGACGAUGUUGUUAUAUUCGCGGAAAGCAGUACGAAACUUCAACAUGUCGUCAACCUUGCAUCGAAGCUGGCUGCAUCCUAUGGACUACGUCUACGCCCUGAUAAACGCAAGCAGGCUCACAUCCAUCUUAUUGUUUUGCUACGAGUGAUUUGCUGUUGUCCAGGGAAAGUUAAGAAUCUUUUACCAAAGCACUUUUUUGAUCUACAGAUGCUUCUCUUCCUAACCCUAUUCGUUGCUAUUUUAGCAGCUGAUGAAAAAAUCGUCGAAGAUGCGGUUAGAGAGGAAUCCAAAGCACUGACUGGUCAUGCACUUGCUGAAUACGUGCGAACACAUCAAUCGUUGUUCGAACUUCACGUGUCCGAUACGGAUAUUCUAGCAUGCUGUGGAGAAUUUUGUGGCGCCGGGUGUUCCGGAGGAUGGCCAUUCCAAGCAUGGAAAUGGGUUGGGAAAUAUGGUGUGUGCACGGGUGGAGAUUAUAGAGCUAAGGGUGUAUGUAAACCCUAUUCGUUUCAUCCAUGUGGUAAUCAUAAAAAUCAAGUAUAUUAUGGUGUAUGUCCGAAAGGAAGUUGGCCAACACCGAGAUGCGAAAAGUUCUGUCAACGUGGAUAUAUCAAACCGUACAAAAAGGACAAAUUUUACGCUAAAAAAUCAUAUUGGCUGCCGAACAACGAGAAGGAAAUUCGCUUGGAUAUCAUGAAAAAUGGGCCAGUUCAAGCUGCUUUCGAUGUCUAUGAAGAUUUCAAACUAUACAAGAGAGGAAUCUACAAGCACAAAGAAGGUAUACAAACCGGUGGUCAUGCAGUCAAGAUUAUCGGUUGGGGAAAAGAUAAUGGAACAGAUUAUUGGCUGAUUGCGAAUUCUUGGAGCAAGGACUGGGGAGAAUCCGGAUUCUUCCGAAUGGUCCGCGGUGAGAACAACUGCGAAAUCGAAGAUAUGAUCACUGCCGGAAUUAUGAUGCAACAGCCAAAAUCGUUAACAAACUUUGUUACGGCUAACGUUUCGGCGUUGCCUUCGUCUGAGCCUGGAAAGAUUGAAAAAGUCUUGGAUGAAGGACAGCCAUGCGAGCAAGCAGGGUUUCGAAAAGGAUUCAGCACGAUUGACCACAUUCACACUGUUUCGAAACUCAUCGAGAUAUCACGAGAGUACAAGAUGCCGCUCUGUCUCACCUUCAUCGACUUAAAGAAGGCUUUCGACUCGGUUGAGACGGAAGCGGUCGUGGAAGCCUUGGACAACCAAGGCGUCCCUACUCAAUAUAUAAAGGUACUUCGAGAGUUGUACAGUAACUUCACGACCGGAAUUUCGCCAUUCUACAAGAACAUCAUCAUUGACGUGAAGAGGGGGGUCCGACAGGGUGAUACAAUUUCACCCAAAAUAUUCACAGCCACCCUCGAGAACGCAAUGCGAAAGUUGGAAUGGGACGACAUGGGAGUGAAGGUUGAUGGUCGGCAGCAACACCAUUUGCGCUUUGCUGAUGACAUCGUACUGGUAACACCUAGCAUCAGCCAAGCGGAACGAAUGCUGACCGAAUUCGACGAAACAUGUGGAUGCAUCGGUCUUCAGCUGAAUCUACAGAAGACGAUGUUCAUGCGGAACGGAUGGGUCUCGGAUGCCCCAUUCACGCUCAACGGAACGAACAUAUCCGAGUGCACCAGCUACGUUUAUCUGGGUCGGGAACUGAAUAUGAUGAACGACCUGACCCCCGAGCUGGGCAGGAGGAGACGAGCGGCUUGGGGAGCGUACAAGAGCAUCGAGGAUGUAGUGAAGAAGACCAGGAACACCCGGCUCCGUGCUCACCUCUUCAACACCACCGUACUUCCUGCUUUGACCUAUGCUUCGGAAACCUGGGCAUUUCGCAAGCAGGAAGAAAACGCGGUGAGCGUCAUUGAACGCGCAAUUGAGAGAGUGAUGCUAGGAGUAUCCCGUUUCACGCAAGUGAGGGACGGGAUUCGAAGUUCUCUCCUACGUCAGCGAUCGAAGAUUAGAGACGCCGCCGCGUUUGCCAAGGAAAGUAAAAUAAGGUGGGCCGGACACGUGAUGCGCUUUAAUGACAACCGUUGGACCAGAGCCGUGAGUGACUGGGUUCCCCGCGAUAUUAAGCGCACUACAGGAAGACCGCCGACCCGAUGGUCAGAUUUCUUCACGAAGUCCUUGAAAGAAAAAUAUGAUGCUCUUCGUGUCCCACGCGAAAGGAGGAACCACUGGGCUACUCUGGCACGCGAUCGGGACAAAUGGAAGAAUUACUGGCGCCCGCUCGACCAGUUCGAAGAUCAACGGGAGUCAAGACUUGUCUGGGAGGACAAAAACACUGACUUCACACAUCGGCUUGCUCCCGCAAGUCAUUGCAUACUCCAUUUAUGCGAUCGUGAACCUCAUGCGAUUCUGUAUCGAAGUGAACAUGGUGGAGCUUCACAAGCGGAUUGA